GUUGACAGAAGGUCAUGAUCUGCUCAUCCCAAAGCUUCAAUGGGUCACGCUGUUCGAAAUGAACGAAUCCUUCCAGUUGGUCGAUAUGGCCAACGAGUCGCUCGCUUGAUAUCAUCUGUGCGACGAUUUCUUCUGCCUGUUUUCAUAAACGUCACAAGAGGAAGGACAUCAGCCUCACUGGAGACAUGGGCAGGGAAAACUCGUUCCAUCACAGCCAGAAGCCUGGAAUUAUUCCACAGGCGAUUUAAAUCCAAAUUACUCAUAGAAAACCUAUACCCAAAGCUACGAUACGAUAAUUUUAGACUUGACGUUCUUUGA